AUGCAUCGACUUUUUGCUGAGCUGGAGCCAUCUGUAAACGUCACCGAGCAAAACCUGGCAGACCGAGUUCGGUAUAUCUUGCGCUCAAAUACAUUUGAUGUCACCGAACUCGAACGGCUACGACGUGAGGCUGUUCCUUCAUCGGGUGAAAAUGCUGCGGCUGAGGAUGCGGCGCCACAACUUGCUGAGCAAACGGCAAAUGUGGAUGCCGCCGUGAAUACGCCAGUUGUGGUUGAUUCAAACGACGAUGGAACAGUCGCCCAGGAACUGGAACUAGAGCAAAUGAGGAGUACAUUGGAGGAGGCGAUUGUGGAAACGCGCAGUACGCCUCUCGAAAAUCGACCGCGACUUCCCCGCUUAGCCCUAAGCAAGCGGAAUCGGGCUGUCGUGAGGGCUCUGAACCCACUUGCUGGUCACCUAUUUGGAAGCCAGCCGGGACCUUUGCGAGACGGACUCAAUUCUUUUUGGCGCCGCACUGGCAGUCUGCCGUAUUAUAGGCGCCAAACUUUCCACGGCUGGACGCGCUACUGUACAAAGUAG